UCUCACUGACAGCACUUACAAAUUAGUUGGUAAACAACAGCAACAGCUUUUACAAACCAGUUGAAUACAAAAAGCAGAUGUCUAAGCACAAUUCUUGCCUCAUUUCCAAGGAAGCAGAAGUGGUUGCUUAAUAUUAAGAACUGAAAAACUAGACAAAAUGGAUGAGGAGAAUCUAAGGAAGAGACAAAAUAAUACAGGAAUGAAAAAUGGCAAUCUGGCAGCUGACAAACUGGAGUUGAAGGGCACCAAACAAAAUGAACGAGAACAUGUGGCACUAAAACAACAGGUUGGCUUGAUUAGUGGUAUCAGUCUCAUUGUGGGGACAAUGAUUGGCUCUGGAAUCUUCAUCUCGCCUAAAGCUGUUUUACUCCAUACUGGAGCAGUGGGACCUUGUUUGAUUGUCUGGACAGCUUGUGGAGUCCUAGCAACAUUAGGUGCACUGUGUUAUGUCGACUUGGGAACAAUGAUCACAAAAUCAGGAGGGGAAUAUUCAUAUCUCCUGGAAGCUUUUGGCCCAAUUCCUGCAUUCCUGUAUUCAUGGAUGUGUAUUGUUGUUGUAAAACCUUCUUCAUUUGCUAUAAUCUGUCUGAGUUUUGCAGACUAUGCAGCCACACCCUUCUAUCCUGGCUGUAAGCCCCCACAGAUUGUCAUCAAAUGCCUUGCCGCAGUUGCAAUUAUGUUAAUCACAUUGUUGAACUCGAUUAGUGUCAAACUGGCUAGCUACGUUCAGAACUUUUUAACUGCUGCCAAAUUGAUCAUUAUUGCUGUCAUCAUUGUGGCUGGGAUUGUUCUACUCGCACAAGGAAAUACAGAGAACUUUAAAAAUUCCUUUGAUGGAGCUCAAACCUCCUUUGGUUCUAUUAGUUUGGCAUUUUAUAAUGGACUUUGGUCUUAUGAUGGAUGGAAUCAGCUCAACUUUAUCACAGAGGAAUUGAAGAAUCCCUACAGAAAUUUACCACUAUCCAUCAUCAUUGGUAUUCCUUUAGUCACAGUUUGUUACAUCCUGGUUAAUAUUGCAUACUUUACUGUGAUGACUCCCGCAGAACUUCUACAGUCUUCUGCUGUUGCUGUGACUUUUGGUGAUCGGGUCCUCACACCAGCUUCUUGGCUAGUUCCACUUUUUGUCGUAUUUUCUACCUUUGGAGCUGCAAAUGGUUCUUGUUUCACAGCUGGCAGACUUACAUUUGUCACAGCCCGUGAGGGUCACAUGGUUAAGAUUUUGUCGUACAUCAAUGUCAGAUAUUUAACACCUUCACCAGCUCUCCUGUUUAAUGGCUUUCUGGCUAUUCUCUACAUAAUUCCAGCGGAUAUUAACACCCUUAUAAAUUACUUCAGCUUUGCUUCCUGGAUUUUUUAUGGACUGACUACAUUCUCUCUGAUUGUUAUGAGAUUUACAAGAAAAAGUCUGAAUAGACCAGUAAAGAUCCCAAUGGUUUUGCCAAUUGUAGUGACUAUCGUCUCUAUCUACUUGGUUCUUGCUCCAAUCAUUGACUCUCCAGAGUUGGCAUAUCUAUAUUGUUCACUAUUUAUUGUUGGAGGAUUGAUAUUUUAUGUCCUGUUCAUUUACUUGCACUUCAACUGGACACGAAAAGUGAUUAGGCCGAUUACCAAAUAUCUGCAGCUGUUGAUGGAAGUGGCACCAGCAGAGACCGAAAUGUAAAAAUCAUCUACUACUUCACUUUUAAUAUUUAACAACUGAAGAUGGAUAUCAGGCACUAAUGGCUGUAUUAUUUCCUGUCAUAUUGAAAAAAAUUUCUGCACUUUUUAUAAUAUUUCAAAGUAAAAGCUACUGCUUGCAAUUAUCAGAAAUAUUUACCAUUGUGUUAAUAUUAUGACACUUUGAAUGUGCUGUUAAAAAAACUCACUGAUGCAUGUUUAGUGUACUUAUUAAUUGAAAUUUAUAUUGAAGGAUCGUCAUUCUUUAGUGUGCCAGUAUGAAUUGAUACAGUCAGAUCUAUGAUUCUGAUCUGCGCUACAGUGGAAAAGCAAUGCACCAAAUCAAGAUCAAGCAUUUCCUGAGAAGUAGUAAAUCACCCUUCAUCUCUAGCGCAACUAACAGUUUGUGGGAGGUGGGAGAUGAGUGAGUAAGUAAGUAAGUAAGUAGUAUUUUCACCUGGUAAAUAAUUUAAAAAUUCACAUCAUUAAAUGGCUGUUAAAAUCUAAAAUAUAAAUCUGGUUAUCCAGGAUUUAAUAUACAAAGGAGACCAAGAUUAGCAGUCCCUUAACUACAUAUUUAAAUGAAUUAGUGACUUGACAAGUCCAUUACAUUUUCAACACAAAUCCAGGGGGAAAUGUGUGCAAUAAAAAGAGAAGACCAUAGGUUGCCUGCGCUGAGUUUAACCUGAGGGUCACCAUGUCUCAAAUUCAAAGUUGUGGUAAGUCAUAAUACCAAUUACAUAUUUAAAAGAUGAAAAAUUAUUGGCAUUUGUAUUCAUAAAGUUUGCAAGAGACAGGUUUUGGAGGUAAGAAUCAGAGCAUCUUACACUUUAGAGCAAAGUGAAAAGAUUCCCACAUCCACCCCAGCAUUCAUUUACCACAAAAAGAGGAAAAAUUAAGUUUUUUUUAAAGGAACUUUGAUAAUGGAAAUGUGGGAUUCAACUGGCAGUUAGAAAAAAAGGUGAAUGACUGCAAAGACGAAGAGUUUUAAAAGAAAAAUAAAUUGUGAAAGUUAAGAGGCAGUAUUCAUUACUUUGAUUUUUGUGAAGCUUCAACAAGUAAACAUCUUAAUAGGAAUCAGGCAAUGCUCAUGGUGCAAAUUUGAAUAAAACAUCUUGUGCAAGUGUCAAGAAGCAAGAAUGUUUAAUACUCAUGGGGAGUCUCUAUUUUCAGGUGAUAGGACUCAUUAACUGGCUUUCUGUACAAGCUUCUAAAAUAACCCAUAUUCAGAUUUUCAAAGGUGUAUAUUCUAUUGUAUGUUAAGUUUGUAUAAUUGUAUUUUUAAAUUCCACAUUUUGUACACUCACUUAUUUCAACAAUAAUUAUCUAAAUUUAAGGAUAUUUUAAUGUUAGUGAUUAACUACAUUAAAUAUUUCCAGAUUAAGUCAAAAAUUCACCUGGAUUUGAAUUCGCACAUACUGGAAUUUGGAAGUUGGCUUACAGCUAUACUCUACUGCCACCUGCAGUAACACUGUUUAUCAUCUUGAUUGUUGGCACCAAGAAAAAGUUUGACGUUUGGUCCUCAGGCUCCAUGAUAUCUUUAGGCUUCAUUUUCUUUGUAGACUUUACAACACAAGAUCCCAAAUACAUAAAAUACAACACUUAGUAAAGCAGAGUCUCAAUGAUCUGUCUGCUGUAAGUGGGUACUGCACAUUUGAACAAGAUACAACUUUACUAUUGGUUUGAAAAUAAAUUAUAGUCAAGUUCUCAAAGCAUACAAUUUACCAGCUCAAAUAAAAAUUUAUGUGUUUUCUCAAACCUCA